AUCCACCUGGCCAAGGGGCAUAAGACUCUUUCUGCCUUUCACCAACACCCUGCAGUAGGACUCCUCUGAGACGUGUUCCAGACCAGCCAGACAGUCAGCCGUUGUUCUGAAUCUCUGAGGCUUCGUCAUAAGCCAUUGCUAGGUUUGUCCAGCCUCGACUGGUAUAUUCAUCAUCGACAUAUAGAACUCACCGGCGGCAAGCCGACUCCCAAACCAAACCAAAAUGUCACUGCUAUUAACAGUGUUCCUCAUCGUCUUCGUGACACAGCUCAUCUCGUGGAUUGGGCAGAACGUCUUACUAGAAUGGGCCUACAACCUCUACCUCCGCCUAAGCCGCAACUCUCUAGCCGCCCGCCAACGCUCCCUCAAAACCGAAAUCCUCAACAACAAAACCGAACUACUCAAAACGAGCGCCCAAGACCAGUUUGCAAAGUGGGCCAAGUUGAGGAGGAGUGUGGAUAAGGGGUUGGCGGAGUUGGAGAAGUUGAACUCUGAAAUCGCAACUGCAAAAUCAAGCUUCUCCACCAAAUUCAACGCUGUAAUCUGGGCGCUCACGUCAGGCGUGAACUUGGUCAUCGGAUGGUGGUACGGACGUAAAGCCGUGUUCUACCUGCCAGAAGGGUGGAUGGGUCCUCUGACGUGGUGGUUCUCCUUCCCAUUUGCCCCGCGAGGAUCUGUAAGCGUCGGCGUCUGGUCGUUCGCAUGCAAGCGCGUUUUGCUCGUCCUCGAGAGGAUGGUGAAAGAGUUGUUCUUUGCGGAGACACAAGCGAAGGAAGUCCCCGUUGGGUUUUCGCCGAGUUCGUCGUCAUCGUCGACUCCGAAUCCGAUGUCCAAGGCCUCGUCGGGCUCUCCUUCGCCAAGACGGAGGACCACUGUGACUGUUGAGUCCGAGGAUGAGAAGUCAUGAUACAUACUCUACUACAAUACUCACCGUACGGAUGUGUGUUGGGAUUGGUACGGAGGUAUCCAGUCGACGGUCGUGAUGCUUGGAUGUAUGGAUGAUAGACUAAGACCCUAUAGGCUAUGGCGAUUCAUGGAUUCUCGAGUCUCUUGACACUGUUCGCCAUUUUUUGACAUUACUUAUGUUAUUGUAGAUUAUAUGUAGCCUCCCGCUGGAAGAUUGUGCAUGGCUUCUGUGUGUACUGUGUAAUGUCGACGAAUCUAAAUCU